UCCCGCUUCCCCGGGCGGUGACCGCAUCACAUCCUGCGUUUUUCCUCCCCUGUUCGUUCGGUAAUCCUAUCGAACACCUCUCCGGCGUCACGAUGGUCGUCGCGCAAACCACUACGACUCCCCUCUGCGGCCGCCUUCCCUUUAGAUCCCUCCAUAAAGAUGACUUUAAUCCUAAUCCCAGCUUCCUUCCCGCGCGGUCGACCCGUCCGAGCUCCCUCGCCGCCGCCGCCGCCUCGAUCACCACCGUUCCAGCGUCUUCUUUGCCGGUCGUGCAAUCGCCGGCUCAGGCGCGGGUCGACAUCCUGUCGGAGUCUCUACCCUUCAUCCAGCGGUUCCGCGGCAAGACCAUCGUGGUCAAGUACGGCGGCGCCGCCAUGAAGUCCGCCACCCUCCAGUCGUCUGUCAUCAACGACCUCGUUCUCCUCUCGUGCGUCGGCCUCCGCCCCGUCCUUGUCCAUGGUGGUGGUCCGGAGAUCAACUCUUGGCUCCUACGUCUCGGCCACGAGCCGCAGUUCCACAAUGGGCUCCGCGUCACCGACGCCCUCACCAUGGAAGUCGUUGAGAUGGUCCUCGUCGGCAAGGUCAACAAGUCUCUGGUCUCUCUCAUAAACAGCGCCGGCGGCACCGCCGUUGGCCUCUGCGGCAAAGACGCGCGCCUCCUCACGGCCCGCCCUACCCCUGACGCCGCUGCCCUUGGCUUUGUCGGUGAGGUUGCGCGCGUCGACCCGGGGAUCCUCCGCCCCGUUCUGGCCGACGGUCACAUCCCCGUCAUCGCGUCCGUGGCUGCGGAUGAGAAUGGGCAGAGCUACAAUGUGAACGCCGAUACGGCUGCUGGGGAAAUUGCAGCCGCAAUGGGGGCUGAGAAGCUGAUUUUACUGACGGAUGUGGCCGGGAUCUUAGAGGAUCGGAAUGAUCCUAACAGCCUUGUGAAGGAGAUUGAUAUCAGUGGGAUAAGGAAGAUGGUGAUGGAGAAGAAGGUGGCCGGGGGAAUGAUCCCCAAGGUGAACUGCUGUGUGAGGUCGCUCGCCCAGGGGGUGCGAACUGCUAGUAUAAUAGAUGGCCGGGUUCCACACUCUCUGCUUCUCGAGAUUCUGACGGAUGAGGGCGCGGGGACGAUGAUCACUGGGUGAGUGUGACGGUGCAAGCCAUGGAAAGCUUGAGCUUGUGAUAGUACAACUAGGAGAGGUGGCUUUCUUUGGUGGUCUCUUCCAUUCGAGAAGUUCAGUUGUACCAGUUGGAAUCUAAUGUAUACGACAUGGGUAAAAACUCGGAAAAGCUUGAUUUUUUUCCGUCUGUUCUUGUGCCAUGUUGGUCUUUCAUCUGUAUGAUGCUAAUAACAUGGAAAUGGGCAGGAAAGGCCAAAUGAACUUCUCCCAUGCUUAAA